UCAUGGAGGAAACUUCUCUUCCAAACCUGAACUUGACCAUUUGGACGACUCUGUCGCCUCUCAAUACCACAGCUGACAUCAACACCACAGAAAAACCCUUCAGCGUGUUUGAAGGCUGUGAACAUCAGGUCGAGGGCAUUCUCUUUGACUUGGCGGUACAGUGCUUCAACUUGUUUGUGGGACUACCCACCAACUGCUUCGUCCUUGCUGUCCUCAUCCGCAAUUGCAAGCAGCCUUCCACAUCAGACAUAUUUCUGGGCUGCUUGGCAUUUAUGGAUGCAUACUUCAGCACCAUGCCACCCUUAAGUUUUCUCAACUUCUACCUCUGGCACAGUAAGGAGGUGUGGUCCGCCCUCAAGUUCUCCUAUGGUGUGAAAGACACCAGUGGUCCACUAUUUCUCUCCUGCAUCUGCCUGGACCGCUUCCUGGCUGUGGUCUUUCCAAUUGCAUUCGGGAAGCUUAAACACAUUAAGUACAGGCUGAGCCUGUCAGUGGUGGUCCUCUGUCUCACCUUCGCCUACUCAUCAGCCAAAGUUGUCGGAGGCCUCCCCAACUUUGAGAAGGUGUUCACCAUCGAGAUCCUUGCAACAUUUUCUUGGAUGGUUGUUUGUAACUUAAGCAUCCUGUGGGUGCUGAAGAAAUCCCACAGGGCAGGGAAGGACGAAAUGCACCCCAUGAAGAAGAAGGCCUUCAAAAUGGUUUUGUCUAUCCUUUGCAUCAUUAUAGUCAACUACCUGCCACCUGUUGCGCUCUUCCCAUUUCAAGAUCACUACACCCCGGAUGUGUUCCGCUGCUAUGUGCAGCCUGUAGGCUUUUCCUUCCUCAACAUCAGCAGCACCAUCCAGCCCCUUAUCUACCUAAGCCGUCUGGAGAAGCUGCCCUUCAUCCCGGACAACUGCAUUAAGAGGUGUCUCACCUGUAAUAUCACAAAGAACAAAACUCCACCUCCACAAAAGACAUCUUCACAGACUUAG